CCACUUCAAUUCUUCCUUCCAAGUGCCACCCCUAACUUCCCAUUCUUCCUUCUUUCUUCUCUAUCAAAAACAUGGCCCUGAUCCCAAACUCAAAAACCCCGCCACUCUUCCACCUGCUCCUCUUCUUAUUAGGCAAUGUAGCAAAUGCGACAGUGUUUACCCUGGAAAAUCAUUGCAGUUACACAGUUUGGCCCGGCACACUCUCCGGCAACAGUGCCGCCAUUCUCGGCGGAGGCGGUUUCGCCCUGGCACCCGGUUCGGCAGUCCGGCUCAUCGCGCCGGCCGGCUGGUCCGGCCGCUUUUGGGCCCGGACAGGGUGCCGCUUCGACGGCUCCGGUGCCGGAAAAUGCACCACCGGAGACUGCGCCGGCGGACUGAGGUGCACCGGCAGCGGUGUUCCGCCGGUGACCCUGGCGGAGUUCACCAUCGGAAGCGCCAGCAACGGCAACAAGGACUUCUACGACGUGAGCCUUGUCGACGGUUACAAUGUGGGCAUGGGCGUGCGGGCUGCCGGCGGAACCGGUGACUGCCAGUACGCGGGGUGCGUGGCGGACGUGAACGGCGUUUGUCCGGCGGAGCUGCAGGUCAGAGACGGCGCCGGCUCGGUGGUGGCGUGCAAGAGCGCGUGUGCAGCGUUCAACACGGCAGAGUUUUGCUGCACCGGCGACCACUCCACGCCGCAGACAUGUUCGCCGACGCAUCAUUCGGAGAUAUUCAAGAAAGCUUGUCCCACAGCGUACAGUUACGCAUACGAUGAUGCUUCGAGCACUUGCACGUGUUCUGGAUCUGAUUACCGUAUCACAUUUUGCCCCACGGGAUCGUCUUAAUUUUCAUACACUAUACACUCCAUUCAUCUUUGAAAUUAGGACUUAGGAGGAAAUAUUGGAUUUGGCCAUUGGGGUUUUGAUCUAUAUUUUUUUCUUUGGUUUGGUGAAUAUAUCUUUGUUUUGUUUGUAUUCUUUUCAAUUUAU